CACUUUACAGCAGAAUCAAUCUUCACAGGAUGGAUUCACAGGGUAGCACCCGGGGCUCUAUCGCUGCGCUAUGCCAGCAACAUUUUCAUUUCUUCGAACAGAGCCCCUGCUCAGCAGAGACCGUCUGGGCGUGACACCAUGGACAGCUCCAAAACAUGGAUCACGGGCUACAUCAUUUAUAUCAUACGCACGCACGCGAAAGUGCGCGUAGGCUACGUAUAUUUUUGCCUGGUGUUCAUCUAGCUGUUUGUUUCCCAGCCAACCCUAUGCUUUAUCUACUGCAUCACAUCCAUUCACAAAUCAAAGUUGUUCUUUAAGCGCGUGUGCGUUCGUGCAGUGUAAGCUAACUACUGAGGGAUGGUUGAAUGCUGAAGAGACACUUCGGUGUGGAAAAUCCGCCACUGAUAGCAGCUGUCACUCACUCUAUUUCUCGUGACUGAAGGCAGUCCGGGGAGAGCACAGCAGAUCGCUGUCUGUGCUGAUAACUUCAGUGACGUUUCAUAACGAAAAUGAAUAUGUUCCCCAUGAAUGAUAUCUUUCUAUAUUGAAGAAAUCCACAGAACAGUGUCAGACGACGGAGCCCGCAUUGCAACACACAGUCGAUGCAACCCUCGGGGAAGAGUCUCCCGGCUGCCUGUUAGGGACUCAUUCAGUUUCCAAAAAGACACGCACAAGCCGGAUCUACUCGCAGGUUCUCCUGUAUUCGUUUGGCCGGUUGUUAACUGGGUGAGGAAUGACCCUUCAGAUACGCGUUUUUAAGUUAUGUCGUGGGUGCGUAAUUCGCAGCAGCACGCACUCGGCAGCUGGUGAAGCAGCAGCAACAGGAAAUCACUGAUCAAAAUUUAGACGAGAAAGAUGGUUUGUGUCUGAUACGUUAGUCCAUCCCGCUUUGUGUGGCACAUACUGAUGGAAAACAAGAGUUAACUUUGUGUUGCGGGUCAACGCUUUGUCUGCAUCAGCCUGUUGAGUUUGUGUCGACACCUUCGUCUCAUCCUCUUCCUCACGUGCCGCAGAGAUGAAACGGCACAGGUGACUGGAGUAACACGCCGUUUGGGACUAUAAUUAGGAAUAACACAAGCAAAGACGCCGGAGGAGAAAUAUGUAUGGCAGGUACACCCAGGAGCUGGGUGACUAUGCCAGAGAGGAGGCGGCUCGUCUGCGGGAGGAGGGGGGCCUGCGGCGCUCUGUCAGCGAGCGGAGCCGCUCGGUGGAGCUGCUGGAGUACGACAAGGGCCGCUGCGCCAAGUGCCGGAGGUAUCCCUACGCCCUGGAGCCUCCUCAGGACUUUUUAUCUGUCUGCACAGUUCGCUGUCAGAAGUUCCUCAUCUCGCGUGUGGGUGAAGACUGGAUCUUCCUAAUCCUCCUGGGCCUGUUCAUGGCGCUAGUCAGCUGGGUGGUUGAUUUUGCCAUCGCCAUCUGCCUGCAAGCGCAGAAGUGGAUGCACGGCGGCUUGGACAGCAACGUGCUCCUGCAGUACCUGGCCUGGGUCACCUACCCCGUGGUCCUCAUCACCUUCUCCGCCGGGUUCACGCAGAUCCUGGCCCCGCAGGCCGUGGGUUCGGGAAUCCCGGAGAUGAAGACCAUUCUCCGGGGCGUGGUGCUUAAAGAAUACCUCACCUUCAAAACCUUUGUGGCCAAAGUGAUCGGUCUGACCUGCGCCCUGGGCAGCGGCAUGCCUCUGGGCAAAGAGGGCCCAUUCGUCCAUAUUGCCAGCCUGUGCGCGGCUCUGCUCAGCAAGUUCAUGUCUCUCUUCGGUGGGAUCUACGAGAACGAGUCGCGGAACAUCGAGAUGCUGGCGGCCGCCUGUGCGGUCGGGGUGGGGUGCUGCUUUGCUGCCCCCAUCGGAGGUGUUCUCUUCAGUAUUGAGGUAACCUCAACCUUCUUUGCUGUGAGGAACUACUGGAGAGGAUUUUUUGCUGCCACAUUCAGUGCCUUCAUCUUCCGAGUACUGGCUGUGUGGAACAGAGAUGAGGAGACCAUCACCGCUCUUUUCAAAACUCGUUUCCGACUCGACUUCCCCUUUGACCUUCAGGAGCUCCCAGCCUUUGCUGUCAUUGGGAUUGCCAGUGGUUUUGGGGGUGCCCUCUUUGUGUACUUGAACAGACUGAUAGUCCAGUUCAUCCGGAAGCAGAAAACCAUCAACAAGUUCCUGAUGAAGAAACGGUUGCUGUACCCCGCCCUGGUCACCCUGCUGGUGUCCACUCUGACCUUUCCCCCCGGGUUUGGACAGUUCAUGGCUGGAAGCCUCACGCAGAAAGAGUCGCUGGUAACUCUGCUUGACAACCGCACCUGGGCCAAGCAGGGCAUUGCUGAAGAGUUUGACUACAUCGGCCAUUCCGAAGCUUGGAAACACCCAAACGUCAACAUCUUCGUCACCCUAGUCAUCUUCAUCGUCAUGAAGUUCUGGAUGUCUGCUCUUGCCACCACUAUACCAGUUCCCUGUGGAGCCUUCAUGCCUGUCUUCGUCAUUGGUGCAGCGUUUGGGCGUCUGGUGGGUGAGAGCAUGGCUGCCUGGUUUCCUGAUGGCAUUCACUCUGAUGGCAACAUCUACCCCAUAGUACCCGGCGGGUACGCUGUUGUGGGCGCGGCUGCCCUCUCGGGCGCGGUCACCCACACGGUCUCGACGGCGGUCAUCGUGUUCGAGCUGACCGGGCAGAUCUCGCACAUCCUGCCGGUGAUGAUCGCGGUGAUCCUGGCCAACGCGGUGGCCCAGAGCCUGCAGCCCUCCCUGUACGACUCCAUCAUCCGCAUCAAGAAGCUGCCCUACCUGCCCGAGCUGGGCUGGGGACACCACGAGAAGUACAACAUUCGCGUGGAGGACAUCAUGGUGAGGGACGUGCGCUACAUCACCCUCAAUUGCUACUACAGGGACCUGCACGACGUGCUCCUGAGCGGGAAGCUGAAGACUCUGGCGCUGGUGGAGUCCGCAGACUCCAUGAUCCUGCUGGGCUCCAUCGAGCGCUCGCAGCUGCAGUUGCUGCUCUCCCAGCAGCUGGGCCGCCCGCGCCGGCUGGAGUACCUGCGCGAGCGCGCUCUGGCCACCAAGAAGCGCCUGUCCACCGUCAGCCAGACGGGCAGCGAGGACGCCACCCAGAGGGCCGGCCAGACCGGCGGGGACGAGGCCGUCCGCAGGGUCAGCCAGGAGGUCCGCUUCCAGAUCUCCACAGAGGAGUCCUCCUUCAGUCCCACACGGCCUGGUGCUCAGAAGCCAUUGAAGCCGGCGCUGAAGAGACCGUCUGUGGUGGACCGGAUCAGUGUGGAGUCCCCUACCAGCCCUCAUGACAGCUCUGGCAUCGCUUUAAAGAGCCUCUUCUGUGCCAACCCUGACACCGAGGCUGUGGAGAGCAACGAUGGCUCAGUGGCUCCUGAGAACAGGAAGCCCAAGCGAGUGAGGAUAUCCGUCGUGGAUGAUGGAGAUGUGGACGAUGACAUGACCAUCAGAGAAAUUGCAGAGUGGGAGGACCAGCAGCUGGAAGAACAGGUCAACUUCAAUAACUGCAAGAUUGACCCCGCCCCCUUUCAGCUGGUGGAGCGAACAUCGCUGCACAAAACGCACACCAUCUUCUCCCUGCUGGGGCUGGACCACGCCUACGUCACCAGCAUCGGCCGGCUAAUCGGAGUAGUGUCUCUGAAGGAGGUGAGCGCCGCUAAUCGCGGUCGACGUCGCCGCCGUCGUAACUCAGGCCACACUCAAGGUGGUGUGAUGUCAUCUGAUGAGGCAGAAGUGCUUUGGGGCCGUGAUGUCAUCGGGGCGCCGUUGGUUCAGGAUUUAACGCGCCCCCGCCUCUGCUGCGCGUCCUUUCAAACCCACAAUUUUGACCGUAGACAGAAAGACGAAAGGCUUUCAGCUGUGCCCUGCUGCAGAGGCGCCUCAACUUUCGCUAGAGCAAAAAAAAAAAAAAAAAAUCACAAAAGGAAAAAAAUGGACGCACUUUGUCUUUUUAAAUUGUGUGGAAAAUGGCAGUUGUUGCUAGGCGCGAUCCAGUCUCUUCCCCCUGACAUUUAUUCCUUUGUUGCAGAGACGACAGGCGGACAAUGUGAGGGAAAUUAAGCAGAGCUGUUCAGUCUCAAUAAUAACGUUGUAGACAUCUCAUAACUGCCUUUUAUAUUUACUCCGCUGAUUGUUCACUCUCCCUCACACAAUCAGCCUGUUAUGUGGAGAGAUGGGCAGCCUGUUGUCCAUGUUAAUUACUUGGGCCUCAUUCAGGACUUUUCUAGCGUUUGUGUGCGUUGGCAGAGGAGGGGUAUGAGGUUUGUCUUGGUGGGCCUUUUUGAACAAAUCCUUUGGUGAACUAAAUGAACUGGAUCACCUGCACCCAAUGAUUCAUUCAUUUGGUUUUUCUCUUUCAAUCUAUUCAAUUCAAUUCAAUUCAGUUCAAUUCAAAGAGCUUUAUUGGCAUGGAAAUUAUGGAACAAUAUUGCCAAAGCCAUAGAGUUGAUGUACAUGAAUUAAUAAGAUACUACAUUUGAUUAGAUAUCGAUUUGAACUAGUAGGCACAUAUAUAGGUAUGAGGAGAUGAGCAGUGAACGAGUGGGUGGAUCCUGUUUGGAGUGGAAAGGAAUGAGGGGGUUAAAUUACAUUACAUUACAUAAAUGGAGUGAGGACGUCUUUCAAGAGUGACCGCAAAUGAAGGAAUGGGUGGCAGUGGUGACAGAACUGAAGGAAAUGGUCUCAUCUUUCCUGAAUGAUUGACAGGCUGCUUGCUUAGUUGUCUUGUAAUUUCAGUGCCUGAAAGCCCUGUUAUAGGAAGUGGAAGCUGAACAGUGGGCAGAGAUUCUUUUCACGCUAAAAUAAAAUCAAUCCAGCCGAAUGAGAAAGUGUCAUAUACUAUACCAGGUAAAUUUUGGAAAUGCAAUGCUCCCUCGGAUUUUGUGAUAUUAUUAAUAAAUUGUCAGAAAUGAUAGAUUAUACUUUCUAAGCUCAAUUUCAGUUGGGCCAAAUCCCUCUUCUUUGCCAGAGGAGUGUUUCAAUAAUGUGCUAUCAUGAUCAAACACAAAGAAAUGAAAUGACAAGGCAAAUUUGAUUUCUUUUUAAACAUUAAUGUUCGUAAACAGAUCGCAGUUGGGUGUCAGACUUGCAUUAAGUUUCUCUGCACAUGAGCUAGUUUAAUAUACAGGCUGUGCUGCAAGGAGAACUGACUCACCAGAUCUGUGCUGAAUGAACACAGGCUGCACUUGGGUCCUGUAAGUCAUUUGCACAAGAAUUAAGUACUCAGAAAUUCUCAUAGUGAAUAAAUCUUUAUAAAGUAGUAAACUGAGUCAAAGGGUUCAAGUACUUUGCAGAAGCUGAAAUUCUCCCUGCUACUGAGUAGUUGGGUGCUUGGGAGCAGGGGGCAGGGCAUUUUUGUCAAUAUCAGGGUCAGAAUGCAGAGCAUUGUUUUUUGGACACCAAGGCCACUGUCUUAAGGAAGGAAAAUGAAAAGAGGCACGCUGUCUCUCACUGAGGUGUCUGUGCUGGCUGUGUACCGGGGUGUGGUCUCAGCAGAUGAGGGACAGGAGCGUGCUGACUCUGCCCUCUCAGCUCAGCCCUCCGCAUUGUGCUCUUUCUGCACCCUAGAGAGGGCUUUUCACGUGACUGAUGCUCCAGUGUGCUUCAGAGCCACGGCUGUUAAUAGGCUGUAAGGUAACAGAUGGGGGACCUGAUGUUUGGUCAGAGUUUGGGCACCCCUGGGUUGGAGUGACGGCAGUCUUGGGUUCGGCGUGGACCCGGUGUCCUUCCCGGCGUUUAACCGAUUUGCCCGCGC